AUGGAGGGCACUGGAGCCGAAGCUGCUCGCGCUGCUGCUGCUGCUGCUGCAGCAACAGCAGCGGGGGCAGGGGACGGUGCAGCUGCAACUGCAGCAGCAACAACAGCAACAACACCAGCAGCAGCAGCAGCAGCAGCAGCAGCAGAUGCAGACGCAGCAGCAGCAGCAGCAGUACGUGCCAGCGUCUCGAAGCUGCUCGCGCUGCUGCUGCUGCUGCUGCAGCAACAGCAGCGGGGGCAGGGGACGGUGCAGCUGCAUCUGCAGCAGCAACAACAGCAACAGCAGCAGCAGCAGCAGCAGCAGCAGAUGCAGACGCAGCAGCAGCAGCAGCAGUACGUGCCAGCGUCUCUGCAGCAGCAGCAGCAGCAGCAGCAGCAGCAGCAGCCCCCGCGCAACUAUAUUAAGAGGCCCAUCAGGAGCUCCCUGCUGCUUGCAUCUGCAUCGCCUCUCGCAGCUGCAGCAGCAGCAGCAGCAGCAGCUGCAGCUGCAGCAGCAGCGGGAGCUACAACAGGCAGCAGCUCUCGGUUCCUUACCCUUUCUAUCUUCUGCUGCUAUAACAGCAGGGGGCCCCCAGGGUACUACUGGGGGCCCCCCUCGCGCUGCUGCUGA